AUGUAUCGCUUCAACCGACUACCAUUUGGAGUGAAACCAGCUCCUGGUGUAUUCCAACAAUGUAUGGAUGCGCUUAUCGCUGGAAUAGAUGGAACGGUUGCCUAUCUCGACGACUUAUUGGUUACUGGUAGAAUCAUCGGCGAAUACAAUGGUCGACUAGAGGCCACGGAGAUCGCCUACCUUGGGUUCGUCAUCAACGCACAAGGACGACGCCGCAAUCCAGAAGAGAUCAAAGCUAUCCAGCAGAUGCCCGCUCCGAAAGAUACACCAAAGUGCCAGUCUUCCUUCGACAAGAUUAAGGCAAUCCUAAGCUCGGAUCUGCUGUUGACCCACUUCGACCCAAGUCUCCCGAUCAUCGUUGCCGCUGAUGCUUCAAAUUACGGGAUGGCAGCAACUGUCUUACAUCGCUUCGCAGAUGUAUGCAAGAAGGUCAUUUAUCACGCAAGCCGUUGCCUGACACAACCACAGAAGAACUACAGCCAGAUUGAAAAGGAAGCACUCGCUCUUAUUUUCGCGGUGCAGAAGUUCCAUCGUUUUAUCAAAUGGCGACAUUUCACGCUGGCGACUGACCACAAACCACUUUUGCCAAUCUUCGGAAGCAAAAAAGAAGUUCUUGUCUACAGUGCCAACCAUCUUCAGCGAUGGGCCACGAUGCUGCUCAACCACAGCUUCACUAUCGAGUACAUCAACACAAAGAAUUUCGGCCAAGUGGACGCUCUUUCACGUCUCGUCACAAUCAUCGAUACCGGAGGACGACGUAAUCGCCCUAAUAGAUGCUGA